UGCUUCCGAAUGUGUUUGACGUCAGCCAAUGACCUUUGUUGGGUCAUCGUUAUCGGCUUCACAGACACAAAGAAUGAACACAUUUCAUUCACGAAAUAAUCAACAAACUAUACUGGACCUAAUGGAUUCGACAUGUACCAUUUGAAGAUUGAACAUAGAACUUUAAAUCUUUUAGCUUUUCACACAAAUACAUUGAGAAAUGGCGACAAAAUAUUGUUUCCAAAAACACAUAAUCCACGCUUUGUUCCUCAUACUGCUGUCAUGGGCUCAAGUAGGAUCAGCCGAAUCACACGAGGAAUCUCACAACGAAACAGAAAGAUAUCAGAUUUUUUCAUUUGAUUUUGAAAGAGUAGAGCUACCAUAUGUGAUAUGUUUGUGGAUAUUAAUUGUUGCUUUAGCCAAAAUAGCAUUCCAUUUGAAUCACAAGUUACCGACAAUCAUUCCAGAGAGUUGUCUCCUCAUAGUACUCGGUCUCAUCAUCGGAGCCAUUCUACACUAUGGUAAAAUCACAAGUGCCAGCAGUUAUGUCAUCGAUGCAGAUAUCUUCUUUAUUUACCUUCUGCCACCAAUCAUAUUUGAUGCUGGAUAUUUUAUGCCAGUCAGAGCCUUUUUCGACAACAUUGGAACAAUAUUGUUACUAGCAGUAGUUAACACAUUAAUUAGUGCAGGUCUGAUUGGUAUAUCUCUUUAUGGUGUUGCCUACUUAGGAUGGGUCGGUCGUCCAAUGGGAAUCCUGAACUGUUUUAUAUUUAGUAGUCUUAUAUCUGCUGUUGAUCCAGUUGCAGUUCUGUCUGUGUUUGAAGAAAUCCAUGUCAAUCAGAUGCUUUACAUCAUAGUAUUUGGCGAGUCCCUGCUCAAUGAUGGAGUAACAGUGGUGCUGUAUCAUAUGAUGGAAGGAUUUAUAGAAAUUGGAGAACAAAAUAUAAUUCCCGUUGAUGUAGCAACUGGCGUUGGAUCCUUCUUUAUCAUAGCCAUUGGUGGAUCACUCAUCGGAAUCUUCUUUGGUUUCUUCGGUGGAUUUAUAACCAAGUAUACAGAGCAUGUUAAAGUCAUAGAACCAUUGUUUGUCUUCAUCAUUGGAUAUCUCAUGUAUCUGACCUCAGAAAUGUGUCAUUGGUCAGGUAUUUUGGCGCUUUCAUUUGGAGGAAUUGUUUUACGUCACUAUUUGGAGGCUAAUGUUUCAAGAAAAACUAAAACCAGUAUAAAAUAUUUCAUGAAAAUGUUAUCCAACAUCAGUGAAACAAUUAUUUUUAUGUUUCUUGGUCUUUCUACGUUGGGUGAAGAUUUGGAUUGGAAUUGGUCCUUCAUCUGUUUUUCCUUGUUGUUUUGUCUCGUAUUCAGAGUAUUAGGUGUGAUGGUGCUAUCGUGUAUACUUAAUUAUAGACGUCUAGUCAAGCUGAAGCCAAUUGACCAAUUUAUUAUGGCCUUUGGAGGACUACGAGGAGGUAUUGCUUUCUGUCUCGCUCUGUCUCUGAAGGAGGAUCUGAUUCCGGAGAGGAAGUUGUUCAUUACCACGACGAUUGUUAUCGUAUUCUUUACAGUUUUUGUUCAGGGUAUAUUUAUCAAACCAGUAGUGAAUGCAUUAAAAGUUAAGAAACAGCUUGAGGACGAUCCAACUCUUAAUGAGAAAAUUCAUGAAUCGUUAAUAGAUCAUUUAAUGGCUGGACUGGAGGGAAUCACACAGAGUUCUGGUCAUAACUAUAUGAGAAUCAAAUUUCGUCAUUUAAAUCAUAAGUACAUUAAACCAAUAUUCGUAAAAGAUGUCACUACUGCCACCAAAGCUGAGAAAGUUUUACAUGUUUUUCGUAAUAUCACUGAAGAACAUGCACUGAAAAGAGCUGAGACUUAUCCAGAACUUAAUGGUCUGACAAGAGCUGAAACUUUACCAGAAAUAAACGGUGGACAGAAAAUACCGCUGUUGACUGCAGCAUCUAGAAUCAGUGGUUACAGACCUACUACUGGUGCUACAGGAACUGAUGAUAUACCCAAUGGCCACGUGGUAGAGAACCAUAGUCUAUAUAAUAUCUUAGAUAAAGGAAUGCUUAGACCUCGUAGAACAUUUAUACAUAAUACUAAUGACAUCUCUGAUUCUGACACUGCCACACUUCCUAAACCAAUCAAACAACAACAAAUAGAUCCCGAGGAAUUUAGAAAAAGAGAACACGAAAAAUUUCGAACUGCUGCUGAAGUGAAUGAUACAAAUGAAAAUAAGGAAUCUGAAAGUCAUACUGCCAUGGUUACUGAACAACAACAAACUAUAGCAGCAAACCAACAGGAAGUAAAAAACAAACAGGAAACAGUAGAAAACAAUGAACAAGAAGAAACAGUAUUAUCUGAUGAAACAGCAACAGAAAAACAGUUACCAUGGAAACAGGAAGCUUCUCAGGUGCCUAGACCAUCUUUACUUUCAUUAGUUUCGACAGAAGAUGAACCCGUGACCUCUGAAGCUCCCUCAUGGGUAGAUAACCUAUCAUACAGUCACUUAAAAGACUCAGGAUCACCUUAUGCAUCUCCGGAGGUUACAAUAAUUAAAGCACCUCCUGUUGAAAGAAAAGUUCCUAUUUUUGAAAUAUUUCCAAAUUUAAAUUAUGAAAAGGAAGAAAAGAAACCUGAAGUUACAAUUCCCCCACCUUGGGGUCAAUUCUCUGACAAUACAGAUGAAAUGCCUAUUUCAUCGCCAUCUAUACAAAGUGGAGAUAAAUCUUGUAACUACCUCAUAUCUAACCACACUUCUGCUCCGCCUUCUCAUCAUGUGAUUAUUCCUUCCAUUCCAAUACUUAAUGGGUCAAUAUCUCAAAACAGUAGUGACCAUAAUGACCAUAAACCAUUGAAAUCAUUGCCAGGCUCGGCGUCUGCUCCAGAUCUGCCAAAACACUGGCAGCCAUUAGAGCCUUUAUCAAGGGACAGAAUUCAUUCUGAAACAUUGUUACAAGAACUAGAUAGUGAAAGUGAGGCUAACAAUAGAAUUCAUAGUUGGUUAACUGGUGCUACUGCUGAUGAAUACGACAACGAAGAAUUUGAUGGUAUUAUUAUUAACCCCUACGUGCCAGAUUUAGACAUUGAUAAUGAUAACGAUGCUGAUGUCAGUGAUAUUGACGAUAAUAAUGAUAAUGAUGAUAAUAAUGAUUUAUGAUGAUAAGUUAAAUUUAGUACAAAUUAAUUUCUGUUCAUAUUGAAUUUUACUUUGUCCAUUGUUAAACAAUGCAGUUUUUGUUUGAAAUGUCUUUUGUAACAGGAUUUUGUUUUUAUGAAAUGUUUUUUGUCUUUUGUUUUAUUAUUUUUUUACAAUGAAAAUGAUUCAUAUGAAAAUUAAUGAAAACUUUUAAUUAUAUCAUAAAUUCUAAAAAUAGGAUCUUACAAGUACUAAUAUUCCUAUUUCCUUUUUUUGGAUAGAAACAUGAAGGCUAGACAAAAGGUUAUACAACUUUUUAAAGUCAUAUGGGCAAACAGGUAAAUUAAAAAACAAAUAUGUCAAUAAAAGUACAGAUAACUUUCUUUGCUAAUUUUUCUUGAUUUAAUUUUAUUUAAUGUGCUGUAAUAUUUACUGGUAGUAAAUGCCUGUGUCUUUCCAUUCUUUUUUCAUAUUUUAUGGAAUAUGAUAUAUUUAUUAUAUGCAUUUUAAAAUAUUAAACUUGACAUGACAAAAGUUUUAAUGAAUUAUUUAUAUAAUUAUGACAUUAAAAGUGAUUUGCACAUUUAUUUAAGCAUUUUUAUUAUGUACACUUCAUGUAUAUGUGUUAUGUGUAUGUAUGCAUGACUAAAUUCCUAAUUUCUGGUCUUCCUAAUCUGAUGGGAAUGGCAAUUUUAUGAAGAAUGUCUUCCAUAUUUGAGAAGCAAAGACAAUUUUAUAAAAAGACUGAGUUAUUCUGUGAUUUAACAAACUUCUAACAUAUCUUGAUGUUUGAAAUAUCUGAACAAAAAACAUGACAUUAACUGACACCCCAUCUUAAGUCAUUUGUACAUACAUAUGUGUAUAAGGUAAAUGUGCUAAUGAACAUUUGUACAUACACAUGUGUAUAAGGUAUAUGUGCUAAUGAACAUUUGUACAUGCACACGUGUUUAAGGUAUAUGUGCUAAUGAACAUUUGUACAUACACAUGUGUAUAAAGUAUAUGUACUAAUGAACAUUUGUACAUACACAUGUGUAUAAGAGCUAAUGAACAUUUGUACAUACACAUUCGAUAAAGUAUAUGUGCUUAUGAUCAAAUGUGUUUCUGUCUCAUAGAUUUUUUUUGUAAAUUCUAGUCAAGUCAGUUAUACAAAUAUUUUGAACAAAUUUGCAUAUUAACUGUCAGUUUUUCUAUACUUAGAUGUUUCUUGGAAUAUUCCGUCAUCAGCAUCCUCAUUUUAUCUAUUUCAUAUAAGAUACAUACAUGUACAUGUAUUCUGGAUCAUUGUUAUAGUACAUAUUGGGGUUCUCAUUUUUCACAUCAUGCACCAAAACAGUUGAUCAAUUUGUAACUCGAUUUUCAUAAAGUUGGGAUUUUUUUUGUUUUUUUUAUCUUGUUGAAAGAUACAUUUUUGUAAUUGUUUUCAGAAGUCCAAUGGCAAGUAAUUAUGGUUAUUUAUCAUGACAUCGUAAAGUAUGAAACUAGUCUAAAAACGGGGAGGGAUGUGAGCCAGAUCAUGUGGAAGCAACUUAUACUGCUCUUGAAAUCUAUGAACAGUUUGAAAUUUGUAUUCUAUUUUCGAUUGUGUAUGAUUAUGGAUUUACUUGAUUUUACACUCAAGUGGAGUUACUUAUUUCAACCUAGCAAUUUCCAGUGGCAAGUUUUUGUUAUUCUGGAAAUACUAACUUUUUUUAAUCGUAAACAUGUAAAUGAAAUCGUUUUACAUUAAAUUUUGUGUUCAUCAUUCAUGAAGGUGGUUAUAUUAAUGUACAAAUAUUGCAUUUAUUGAAAAUGACUUAUUUCUACAAAUUGUGCUUUCAAAAAUUUGUGUGUAUUUAUAUUUUGUUUUUCUUUCAUUAUUGCAGUUUAUUGUCAAUCUUUUUGUGUAAUAUUGAUAAUAAGUGUUAUUAAUAUAUCAUAUACAUGUAAUGACAAUUAUGCAUUCACAAAUGAUAUGAAGUACUUGUGUAUAUUUAUCCAAACUGCUUUACAUAAAAAAUAAUUAAUAGUAAUCGAUUAAAAUUGAAUAAGAUUAUUUUUAAUGAAUUAAAAUUUAGUGUUAAACAUCAUGAACAAGAUUUAUAUUGUAUUACAAUCUGAACUCAUUUCCUUCCAAAGGGAGAUAAUUCCUUUCAAAGGGAGAUAACUGUUUAUGUAAGUGUUAUUUUGUUGUAGUGUUAUUAAAUAUUGUAGAAUGCAGAUUCUUAUAAUCAAGAAAUUGAAAUUAAGACUUCCAAGAAUUAAAACAUUCUUUAAAAUUCUUUAAAUGAAAUCAGGUUUUAAAAUGGAUUUCCUCUGAAACAACAAAGUUUUUCUAAAUUGUGUCAAAUUAGUUUUUUGCUUUGCUUAAUUUGUUUGAGAAACAACAUUUUUUAUCAAAGGUUAUGUAAAAAAUGAGUUUGUAAUAUUUAAAUAAUUUGAAUAGGUCUUUUCAAACACACUAGAUAUUAUAUUUAUUAUUUUUUAAAGUUGGUAAUUGUCUUUAACCCUCAGGUUAGGUUAGACUAUUUAAUUGGAUGUAGAUUUCAUGUAAAUUUUCUGAACAACUUUCAUAGGAACAAUAGAUAUUGAUAUUGAUAUGAUAUUGACUUUAUUCCGUGAAACAUUCUUUACUUAUUGAAAUACUCAGGAAAAGUUUAAGACUUAAAAAAAUCUGUAUGUUAAUAAAAUUAGAUAAAAAUAAUUCCAAAUAAUGAGUAUUUCAAGCAUCUUUCACUGAAAAUAAAUUUAAAAAAAACCAGGAUUUUUCUGGAUUUUUCAUUACCAGCCAAUUUUUGUUCAGGAAUCCUGAUGUCAAAUAACACAAAAUGGAGAUAUUCCUCUUUCUAUGCAUUUGUUCUUUAGAAAUAGUAAACCCAUCCUAUUAUUUUUUUUCAUUAUAACUUUUGAAUUUCAAAGUAAAAUUGUUUAUUUUAUUUCAAAAUUGUUCAAUUUCAACAUGAUAAUGAAAACGGAUAAAAUAAAUUGCUUCCCUCCUUGCUUAAAAAAGAAUAAGUUUUGAUGUUAAAGUAAGGAAUUCAUUUUUUGGGUCCCUAUUGAUUGAAAUACAUAAAUGAUGACAUAAAAAAAUCAACUAUUUGUAAAUAAAACAUGUACAAUCUGUGAUGACAUCGAAAUCUGUUUUAUUAGUAUUUAUAAACCAGGUGUUGCUCAAUAUUUUAUCAUGUCCAGUGAGAAAUAUCUCUCGUCUAACAUGUGAUAGCAGUCAAUGCAUUUUGAACUGAGAUAUCUAUUUACGGCAGACCUGAAAGUUUUACAAGACAAGUCUGGUCUUGUUAAAUGUAAAAGUUUUCAUCUAUUUACAUUUUGAAAUUAGAAUUUCUGUCUAUUGUGAAUUCUUUUGGAAUUAGAAUUUGAAUACUGUGGAUUCAUUUAUUUUCUUGGAUUGAGGAAAACAUGCAUUUUCAUUGAUAUCUAAUUUCGUGGUUGUGUCAAUCUGUGCACACGAAGCCAUACACAAUUUGUAAUUCCUUGAACAUAUGAAUUCGUGGUUCUCUUUUACCAGAGAAUUCCAUGAAAAUUGGUAUCCGGCACAUAAUAAUUAAUCCACAAUAUUCUUUUUGAUUUAUUGAAUUACAUGUACAUAUAUCCUAUCCCAGCAGGCACAUAACAUUGAUUUAAUGUUGAAUCAUCCUCAACACCAGCAUUAAAUCAUUCAGUGCAUCCUUGGAUGGGAUAUAUCAGAAACAAAAUGUCACACACUUUUUGUCAAAGCAUUAUUCAAAACUUGUAUCAAUUAACUCAAGACUCAUUUUUUUUUCCUACUUAUUUACAAUAUACGAACAAACAAUCAUGACUUUGAACGACCUACCAGUAAAUUUCCGACCAAUAUGUUUUUUGUGUGGUUGUAUUCUACCAUUUACAUGUUGCUUAUUGGUGUCUAUUAGAUUUUACAGUCCUGUAUAAUUUAUAAUUUGAAAACAAUGCAAUAUUGAAUUAUUGUGUAUAUGUGAUAAUUUUUCAAUAAACAGUGAAAAACUU